GAAAGACAAAAUUCUGACCGGCAAGAGCGGGGGAUGAUAAAACGGGAAUUGAUCGUUAAUCUCCGCACGUUCAUCGGAAAUUUCGUACGCUGCUGCUCUGAAUCAACACCAAUCUUCUUCCUCCAUUGAAUCUCUUCUUCGCGACGAAAAAUCUUGGAGCUAAUCUUCGCUAAUCGUCCUGCAUUCUCCGGUUGUUGUUUGCUCGUUAAGUAAGGCAAAGCGUUGUCUGAGCUAGCGUUGGAUUGGUAAAAUGGAAACUGUUCCUGCUGACUCUUCAUCUCAGUCUCCAGCUAUAGUAUCUGAGAAAGAUGUAACCAUUCCUGGUAAUUCUGAACCUUCUGAAAAUGCUAUGGGCGUUGUACAAGAUCCCGUGAGCGCUGCAAGAGAAGCUCAUGAAGACUCCAUUAGUACAGAAGCUUCAAUUGCAAUGGUUGAUGAUACUCAAAUGCCUGCUAGUUCUACCGGCUCUGAACCUUUAAGUAAAACGGAUGAUAUAGUUCCAUGCCCGCCAGGUUCCUCCCCACGCGAAUCACCGCCAUCUAUAUUUUCUUCUUCUGGUCUUUCUUCUUGGGCCAAGAGUUUUAAAUUCCCGCAGCAAGAUCCAAACGCUGCAGAUUCUGGGAUGUCAGCUUUCACAAGAUUCACCUCUGAACUUGGUCUGCAUUUGCCAACGAAAGGGUCUGAGGAGGUUGGUGACUCUAGAUCACCAAACACACACGUUGGUGGUGCUCUUGAGUCUCUCACAAAAGCUGUGGUUGAUUCAUCUCGUGGUGCCGUAAAAGCAAUGCAGGUGAAAGCACGCCACAUUGUCUCUCAGAACAAAAGAAGAUAUCAGGAGGGGGAAUUCGAUUUGGACAUGACAUAUAUAACUGAGAAUAUAAUUGCAAUGGGGUUCCCAGCUGGUGACAUAAGCUCUGGUCUUUUCGGAUUUUUCGAGGGACUAUAUCGUAAUCACAUGGAAGAGGUGAUAAAGUUUUUUGAAACUCAUCAUAAGGAUAAAUAUAAAGUCUACAACCUUUGUUCAGAGAGGUUAUACGAUGCUUCAAGAUUUGAGGGGAAGGUUGCAUCUUUCCCAUUUGAUGACCAUAAUUGUCCUCCUAUCCAAUUGAUACCAUCAUUUUGUCAAAGUGCAUACACAUGGUUGAAGGAAGAUAUCCAAAAUGUAGUGGUAGUUCAUUGUAAAGCUGGAAUGGCAAGAACCGGAUUAAUGAUUUGCUGUCUUCUUCUAUAUCUUAAGUUCUUUCCUACAGCUGAGGAGGCUAUUGAUUACUAUAACCAAAAGAGAUGUCUUGAUGGGAAAGCUCUCGUUCUCCCAAGUCAGAUUCGAUAUGUCAAGUACUACGAACGUGUUCAAAAUCAAUUUGACGGGAAAGUUCCACCUGAACGAAGAUGCAUGCUCAGAGGGUUUCGCCUAAUCAACUGCCCUUACUGGAUUAGACCUGCCAUUACGAUCUCCAACCACACUGAUAUACUUUUCUCAACAAAGAAACAUCAGAAAACCAAGGAUUUGGGGCCUGAAGAUUUUUGGAUAAAGGCACCCAAAAAAGGAGUUGUUGUCUUUGCAAUACCUGGUGAAGCUGGUUUAACAGAAUUAGCCGGCGACUUCAAAAUCCACUUUCAAGAUAGUGAUGGAGAUUUCUACUGUUGGCUAAAUACUACACUGACUGAUAACAGAACAAUGCUGAAAGGUAGUGACUUCGAUGGCUUUGAAAAGAGAAAACUGCCUGCACCAGGUUUUCAUGUCGAGAUCGUAAUGAUAGAACCCGACAAUUCACAACCAACAAAAUCCAAAUCUGAUUCCACCCAACAACAAUCUCAAAGCAACUCCAGUGCUGAUUCCAGCAAACUCAAGUCAAAUGAGAAAGACGAUGAUGUAUUCUCCGACAGUGAUGGGGAAGAGGAAGGAAACUCAAAAUCCACAGAGUCUUAUUCAACUACCGAUAAAACUUCAGACUCGAUGCACAUAACUAGUACACCUCAUCAGAUCAAUGAGCCACCUAAGAGAGAUGACCCUUCCGCAAACAGAAGUGUCACAAGUUCAUCGUCCUCGGGUCAUUAUAAUCCAGUACCAAACGACUCAUUAGUAGUUAGUGAUAUUAAAGCUAUUGCUGCAGACGCAUCCGUCUUCUCCUUUGGAGAUGAGGAAGAAGACUAUGAAAGCGACUGAGCUUGAAAACUCAGGUUUUAUCACAAUUAUCAUACACAAACAAGUAUAACAGACUCUGUAUUGACUCUGUUUCUAUAUAGCUUCCCAUUAUAAGAGAUAACAAUUGUAACGAUUGCAAAUUGUAAAACAAAACAACAGAAACUUUUUAUUGUUUCCCAAUUGCAUUUGUGGUUGGAGAUAAUCUCAUUCCUGAAUCUUCAACUCUUCAAUUUCCUUAUCAGCGUCGUAUUCUAGUACUGUGACAAUAUACUAGUUUUGCCAUU